AUGGGAGUGGCGCAUCUUAGCAGGCAGAAGGUAGCUAGAGGUUUCUUGGUGUGUUUAUGCCUUUGGGGCUUCUUCUCUCUAUCCUACGCCGCAAGGUCCGGCUUAUCUAAGCAGAAGUUCGAAGUCAAGAAGCAUCUGAACAGGCUCAACAAACCUGCCGUCAAGAGCAUUCAGAGCCCAGAUGGUGAUAUCAUUGACUGUGUUCCCAUCACAAAGCAACCAGCUUUUGAUCAUCCUUUCCUCAAAGACCACAAGAUUCAGAUGAAGCCUAACUACCACCCUGAGGGACUCUUUGAUGACAACAAAGUGUCUUCUUCUUCUACUAAAUCUAAAGACAAGGAGCCCCAUAUCCCUCAGUUAUGGCAUCGUUAUGGCAAAUGCGAAGAAGGAACCAUUCCCAUGAGGAGGACUAAAGAAGAUGAUGUCUUGAGAGCAAGUUCUGUCAAAAGAUAUGGCAAGAAGAAGCAUAGAACUGUCCCUUUACCUAAAUCUGCUGAGCCUGACCUCAUCAACCAAAGUGGUCACCAGCAUGCCAUAGCUUAUGUGGAAGGGGAUAAGUACUAUGGAGCUAAGGCGACAAUAAAUGUGUGGGAGCCAAAGAUACAGCAGCAGAAUGAGUUCAGCUUGUCGCAGAUAUGGCUUCUUGGUGGCUCAUUCGGACAAGAUCUUAACAGCAUCGAAGCUGGUUGGCAGGUACACACUCAAGUGAGCCCGGAUCUGUAUGGUGACAAUAACACAAGACUCUUCACUUACUGGACUAGUGAUGCAUAUCAAGCUACUGGCUGCUACAACCUUCUUUGCUCAGGUUUUAUUCAAAUCAAUAGUGACAUAGCAAUGGGAGCAAGCAUCUCCCCUGUCUCUGGAUACCGUAACUCGCAGUAUGAUAUCAGCAUUCUGAUCUGGAAGGAUCCAAAAGAGGGACACUGGUGGAUGCAAUUUGGAAACGGCUAUGUUUUAGGAUACUGGCCAUCUUUUCUCUUCUCCUACUUAACAGAGAGUGCGUCAAUGAUUGAAUGGGGAGGUGAAGUAGUGAACUCACAAGCAGAUGGACACCACACUUCAACGCAAAUGGGCAGUGGUAGAUUCCCAGAAGAAGGGUUUAGCAAAGCAAGUUACUUCAGGAACAUUCAAGUGGUUGAUUCUUCAAACAACCUCAAGGCACCUAAAGGACUUGGAACAUUCACUGAGCAGUCUAACUGUUAUGAUGUUCAACCUGGAAACAAUGAUGAUUGGGGUCAUUUCUUCUACUAUGGAGGUCCUGGUAAAAACGAGAACUGUCCAUAA